GAGGUUUAUUGGUUUGUUUACAUUCGUUGGAGGGGGAGAUAAGAACUUCAUUUAUCUUUAAAAGUGCGUUUUAAAUUGUGUUUUGUUGAUGCGAAUCUUAAAGAACGUACACAAAUGAUGUCUUAAACGUUUAACCACUAUGUGUGCUUAAUUGGACUGGUGAACAUUGGCUAUAAUUAUGUUAUAAUCUAGAUUUAUGUUCAACAUACAUGAUGAAAACUGAGAAAAUGGACAGUAGUGUAUCAUACCAGCCAUUGAGACAACAGAAAGAAAAGAAAGGACCAUGUAGUCACGUGUUUUAUCUGUGUUCGGUGUGCCUGGUACUUGCCGUGAUACUUAUCACGUUAAAAUUUAAGUACGGAUCAUCGCAAUUAUUCUUUACAGUGAUAACAGUAGGUUCACCAUGGAGACAGCAAGAAAAGACGAGCGGCAACAUGAAUGGUAAAUAUGUGAUAGCGAGUGGAGCAAAGCAAGAAGUACCAUUCAAUGAUGACUACUCUAGCAAAGGUUACGAGUACUUUGACGUGUACUCUCCCGAAAUAGCAACACAUUAUGGCGAGGUAUUCUGGACAGACCAAGGCAACAACCCGCUCCCGAAAGAAAUUAUCGACAGAUUCAAAGGUAAGGUAAUGGCAAUUACCGGUUACGAGCAAGACCAGGUCAUGGUAUCGCCAGUAGGUCAACCCGGAGUCAAUCCAGACGCUGACGUCUCUGUGCCCAUAAAUUGGGCAUACAACCAUCAUUAUAUGGCGUGGAUGACUGGGGCGCAUUCUAAAAUGGUCCGUAUACCAAACCCAGAUCCUAAUGACGUCAGCGCGCAUGGUUCACCAAUGAAAUGGAAGGCUGUAGAUUUGCCGUCUGCUGCACAUCGUGUUAACAAGAAUAUACCAACGAGUCAAUUUUUCAGUGAAGGAAAUGGUGGUGAAUCGAGAAAGAGUUUUCAUGGCUAUCCUAACGGUUAUGCUCAACUGAUAGACUCACCUAACUUGUGGCAUAUUACACCUAUGCAAAUUGAUACCAGAAAUCGUGACUGUGGAGCUACUUCUAAAGAUAUAAACAAUUGUACAGAUCACAGUGUACCUGGACCUGAACCUAAACAGGCGCGAUACGGUCUUGGAAUACCGAAAGGUGGAUCCCCUUACUCUGGAAUUCUCGAAUGCCCAUGUAAUGGUCGAUUCGGUGGUGACCCUUCAAUUUAUGGCAAGGAAUCUCGCACAAAACUUGUCACUCAUCAUUACACAUGCGUGUCAAAAUCAUCUUGCGGCACAGAAACCGUUUCAAGUGCAGUUGAGUGUUUUAACUCCUUUGUAAAUAUGGGAAUAAAGAUUGGAAAGAAUGUUACAAUAACUGCGCAAACGGAUUCUAUUCCACACGGUUGUACUGUUCAUACAUCAUUAGAUGGUACAUGGACGGCUACAUACAAUCGGUUUAGAAGUCAAGCACUAUGUUCAACUUCGCACACAAGAUCCGGAACUGUUAUCUUUUCUGUUGGUGUAAAAGUAACCGUAAAUUUAAACAGUACUGCAGCAGAAAUCAUAAUGUCUGGACCAUCUAACGCUUGGUUUGGAACUGGUUUCAAUGCAAGUCAGAUGGCUGACGCUCCAUACGUAAUAAUUGUAAACUCUACUGGUGUCUAUGAGCGGCAGAUCGGGACAUGUGGAAGUGAGGGUGAGCAUUGUCCAGGAGAUGCACUUAGUCCUAGUGUACAAGUUGUAUCAAGUAAAGUUGCAGAUGGAAUAAGAACUGUUACAAUGACACGUCCACUAAAAGGAAAAACGUCGAAGUACUACACGUUUAACCCAACAAAACAGUCUCAGAUAAACAUGAUAUCCGCUGUCGGUUAUUCUCAAAUGUUUGCCCAGCAUAAAAUUCAUACUACAGGCGUGUUGGCAUUGAUGGCUAAGGACGCACCUAAUUGCAUUUGUGACGUGGGGAGCAUUGGAAAAUUGUGCAACACCGACGGAACUUCAUGUGAAACAUUUACUAAAAACUGUCUUCCUCCUCCUGCUGGAGAUCUCAUCAGUCAACGCAAUCCGACAUGUAACUCUAUACAAUAUGGCGGCGGUUUACGAUGUUGUAAACAUAAACGUAUAAUGCUUGACGCAGAUCAGCCGAUAAGACCAGAACUAUUGAGAUACCACAUGAAAUUCCGAUUCUGGUUUCAAGUCUACGAAGCAACGGGUGAACAAGUUUCUCAUCAUGAUCUUCCUCGUAUUUAUUAUCAGACUGAAGCCUGGGCUGGUGAGUAUGAUGUGCCUCCUGCUUUUGCCAAGCCUGGUAAACCUAUACCAGGUUAUCCUAACUGGCCAGAAAAAACUCCUACACCCGGAACCACGUGUACCGGAAAUUGUCCAGACGGUGAUGACUGCAAAUGUAUCCACACAAUUACGUUACAUUUCAAGGUCAACAACAACACCAGGCUGAUAUACGCUGGAGGGCAUUGUCAUGCACCAUCAUGUAUAUCUAUUGAGUUAUACAGGAAUGAUUCAGGUCACAAUAUGGAACUACUUUGUCGACAGAUGCCAGUUUAUGGAAAAGGAAAAGUAAACCGUGAUAAAUUUGAUGAGUUGGGAUAUAUUUCUCUACCACCGUGUCUUUGGGGUGAUGAUGAAGGGCUUAACCCGUCAGUUCUACUGCCCAAAAAUACUCCCUUGGUGUCUAUUAAGCACAACUGGAACACACACGUUGGUCACUUCGGUGAGAUGGCUUCAUGGCAGAUGAGAGGAACCUUUUACUAACAAAUUUGUUCCCAAAACUGUGUUUGUUGAAUAACAUUAUAUUUCCUUUAUGCAAUAAAGGAAAAAUCCGGUGAUUAUCUUACGUGGAAUAACAUGUACAUAAAUAAACUAGAUAUGAAUAUACAAUUAUUCAAUGUGUCCAUACAUUUGAUAUCUUGGUAAUGUAUCAUGGAUUUUUAAAUGACUACUACACAAGUGUGACAAACUUACAUUGCUUCUAUGAUUAGCUUGUUGUAUAUAAACAAUCAUUUUAUAAAACACGUAAAUAUAUCAUAACAUCUUAUCUGUUGAUAUAUAAAUGAUCUUCUCAUUAUUGAAUUUAAGGAUACAUAUUUAGAUACAUUCCAAUUUGUUGUAUUUAUUAUUGACUUGAUUCGUUAUUUAAUAUGUUAAAUGCAAUCUCUUAUAGUUCUUUCUAUUUCUUUGUACAUUUGACUGCGAUAGCUAUGAUGGCUUAUUUUUCCUUUGAAUAAAAGUGUUAUUUUUA